GAGGAGAGGGGAGGAGGGAGGGCCCCAGCAGCAGCAGGCAGCCCCCGCCUCCCGCUACAAAAGCCUCCAUCCUUCAUCCUCUCUCUCUGCUGCAGUCCCCCUUUCCUCCUCUCCUCCAGCCUCAGGGUCCCUCUUUCCCCGCAGCAGCAGCCGCCUUAGCAGCCUUGGCCUUUGCAGCGAGCCUUGCCUUUGGAGGAGUGCAUGCUCUGGCUGCUUUGCCAAAGCCUCAGGGGUCGGGAAGGCAGUGGCUGCAGAUGGAGGCGGAGGGCUCCCCGAAGAUGGAGGCGGAGGACCCCGGGAGCAGGAGGAUGAGGAAGAAGGGGCCCCCCGCCCGGCCCCCGGGCCUCCCCUUGCCGGCGCUGCAGCUCCUCCGGCCCGGCGCCCGGCCGCUGGCCCUGGCGGAGCCCGGGGCGCUGCUCUCGCCGGUCACCCACCUGGCCCUCCAUAUGGACAAGCUGGCCGGCCUCGGCAGUGAUUGUGAAACUCCAAAGCGGAGAAAGAAGAUGGGAAUGACCUUCAAGACAGAGUGGUCCUCCCAGGAUUCAGUGUCCUCAGAGUCUUCCCAGGAUUCAGUUUACUCAGAGUCUGCGGAUUCAGGCGUUGGCCCGGAUUCCCCUCAGGAGCCAGAUGUGGAGAGCUUCGAAGAAGUGUUUGAAAGGACCAUGUUGGAAUCCCGAAAAGCCCUCCGAAAUGACUCUUUCCCUUUCCGAAGAAUCCAGUCCUUGCCAAUGCAGCUUUUGGGUGCAAGUCCUACCCUGAGGAACAUCUCAAACUUGAAGGAGUUCAAUAAUCCUGUGGCUACAGACUCGAAUCUUAAUGGCAAAGCAGAAAAUGAAGGAAUCAUCUUCAAGAAACCUCAGCACCUGACCAGCAGACUGCGCUCCUCUCGUGGGGCUGGUGAGAAGGACUCAUUUGCACAGAGACCUAGUUCUGCUCCAGACCUCAUGUAUUGCAGCCCAAAUAAGGAGAACAUCAUCCCUGACUGUAAAAGCCCCGUUCACCUCCGUCACUCGUCUUUGACAUCCUUCAUGUCUGAUGAAGAUGAUGGCUUUAUGGAAAUCCUGGAUGAAGAGGAGCUGAAGGGUGAUGCAGAAUCCGUGGGUAUGGAGAAGAACUUGAGAAUUGCUAACUCCGGUGAGCACUGGCAAAUGCCGCCGCUUUUCCGCUCUCCGUUCAUGCCCAGCAGCGUCAUCCGGCCCAUCCUGAAGCUGGACCGACCCCAGGACAAAGACACACCUGUGAAAAUCCCAAGAGGCGGAAGAGCCUGGCAGGCAACACUAUUGCCGAGAGAGACAGAAGACCCGAAGCCUCGCCUGGUCCGCUCCCGGUCCUGCUGCCCCAGCGAGAUUGCAAGCAUCUUGGACAAUGACCACAGGGAGCUGAUUGGUGAUUUCUCAAAGGCAUAUCUGCUGCAGGACAGUGGAAGGAAGCUCAGGAUCUCAAGUAUAUCUCUCCUGAAUGGGCCACCAAGAUAUCCCUACGAAUAUGACGGAGGUCACAUCAAGGGUGCUGUCAACCUACCUCUCGAAAAAGAUGUGGAAGACUUCCUUCUCAAAAAGCCAAUUGUGCCAUUUGACUCUUCAAAGAGAGUGAUUGUUGUCUUCCAUUGCGAGUUCUCCUCUGAGAGGGGCCCUAGGAUGUGCCGUUUUGUCCGGGAGAAAGAUAGAGCGUCCAACGAUUAUCCUUUUCUACAUUAUCCUGAGUUAUAUAUCUUGAAAGGAGGAUACAAAGAAUUUUUCCCACAAUAUCAAAUGCACUGUGAACCACAAAACUACCGUCCGAUGCACCACAAGGACUUCAAGGAAGACCUGCGCAUGUUCCGCCUGAAGAGCCGCACAUGGGCAGGGGAGAAGAGCAAGCGAGAGCUCUACAGCCGCAUGAAAAACUUCUAAGUGGACAGCGGGGGCUUUUGGGGUUGGGAGGGAGACAGUUUGGGGUGGGAAGAGAAAGACUGGAUGGGGCCAAGCUCCUUCACAGAUUGAGAACAGAGUGGUCUUUGUUCCUCUGCGUCAUCCAGAGGAGGCUUCUGGUGAAGUGUUAAAACCAAGACAACCCAUUUCGCUAGUUUCUUUUUGGGAAGAGACAUUGGCUGAUGGAGAAGAUGAGAGGGAGACAUGACAACUUGUCUUACAACUAUCCUGGCAGUGACAAUAUCUAGCUCCAGCAGGCUGGAAUCCAAUGCAAUGCUGUGAAUCUUCCUCAGGGCUUGAGAUUUUUGACGUGGUGAAUGUGAUCCUCUUCUUGGCUUUGAGAGGGAGUGGAGGCAUCUCUUUGCAACCUGGAACAUCUCCUCCCUCAACCAGGAAGCCCACAGAAGACCUGACCAGAGUGGGAAACCUUCUUCCUCUCAGGUUUUGGGACGUCUGUCUUCAAGUCAGAGGAAAACCAGGCAGCUAUUGGGAACACCACUCGGUCUUGCUGUGUACGCUCAGCAUGGGACCUAUGCAGUGAUAGUGAAUGUGUACCUGUGCGUGUGUGUUGUUUCUCAUGUAGCCUUCAGUCUUGCCAGGAAGGUGAGCGGGACAAGAUGCAACUAGGGAGCUGUUUUAAAUGUUUAUGGUCAUCUGACAGAUGUUUUCCUGCAGCAGUCCUUGGCUUAUACAUUGGGAAGAGUAAGAAUGUCCUCUUGAGAGAUAGUGUUUGGGGAGACAGGGUAUUACUUUUUAAAAAACCUGUAUGCAAAACAUGGAUGUCUCAGGGAAUCCCUUUAGGCUUUUGGGUGGGUUGUGGAGAAAAGGGAAUCACUGCAGAGAUUUUGCAGAAAAGAAACCAUCUGUGGGGAAAAAAGAGGAAAACAUUGGCUGAGCCAAAGCCUGGCUUCCAUUCUGGUUUCAACAGUCUGUGAAGUAGAACCCAGUUGGAGAUAAAACUGUUUCUUACUGGUGAUGCUUUGAAAACAGAACUUGGAGGUUGAGGACUUUGUAUGCAGUUUUAGGAUUUUUAAGUUUUAAUGCGAUAGAAGGUUUUUCUUUCCUUAGCUGUGAGAUCAUGCAGAAGAGUCUUUGACUUGAAAGCAUCCCAACUUUUUGGCAUGUCUAUCUAAAUCAGACCAGAGUGGCUGUGAGAGAAACAGUGUUUGUUUUUGGAGCCUGUAUGCCACUGGGAGAGAUUUGUUAAAGAUGAUUGAACCAACCUGGCCAGAUACUGUUCUAGUUCUAAAAAAGGUAGUUUUAACUGCUAAAAUACAGAGAAAAGUUUUAUUUUUAGCCAAUCAUUUGAAAAUGACAUGGAAAGUAUAGAUAUAGCCACUCGCAAGGCUAAUUCUGAUGUGGGAUUAUGCCAUCCCCCCAUCUACCCACACAUCUUCCUCCUAAUUGCUAUCUUUUGGGAAGGAAAAUGUGGAAGAACACAGGAAUAUGAAAAACAAGAGCAUUAUUUGUCCCUAGGGUCAAUAACACCUUUGCCUAAUUUAUCUGACUCCAGCCGGCAGGUGAGAACUUGGAGAAUGGAAAGCACCCAAAGUAUUUAUGCCAUGCAGUGUCACAGGGCAGGUUCCUUCGCUUUCUCUAGUUUAGCGAUCUUGGCUGAAAGGCUCAAUUUUCUCUUCACAGCAGCCACUGUGACAUUGCUGUGCUAAUCCCUUCUCCAUUUUCUGCCCUUAGUGUGGUCUCAGCCCAGCCUUAUGUGUUUCUGGCAUCGUAUUACCAUCAGUGAAGAAAAGACAAAGGCUUCCUCCUGGCCCAGUUGCUUAGCACUUGUGGACCAAAACUUGUGAGCUGAGGAAGUCUUCAGUAAAGCUAGCAAAAAUUGCAGAACCAACCAAACUCUUUCCCUAGGCAUUAGGUGUAAGAUGUUACCUGCUUUGGGGCAACUGAAGUCAAAAGGCAAUCCCUUAACCUAGCCUUGGUUAUUUGUCUUCUUAGUUAUCUUUUCAAACUGCUACUUGGCAGCAAACUGCAGUUGCUUCACACCUGGAACAGUUGUGAAGCUAGCAUAGGCUGCCAUAAAACAAGGGCAGCCAGUGAGCAUAAAUGGUUAGCAGGCUCCAUAAAUUAUCCAACAGAGGUAGUUCUGUGCCCACUCCUGGCUGCCCUUUAGUUUUAAAGAACUUAAUACAGAGCUUGGAAAAGUUAAAUUUGUUAGUGACACUUAAUUUCCAGAAGUCCCCAGUGGACAUUGUCUUCCAAAGCCCUUCUUUCAUCCAUGCAAGCUCCCCGAACACUGCUUUUAUCCAUAAUAAAGCCUGCCCCAAGUUCCACAUGUGGUUAGGCGCAUAAUGUAGCAUUGGUACAUUGGCUGUGACGCAAGCCUCUUUCAGUAGCAUAUUCCAGAUUUUUUUGGGGGGGGGAGUGGGUGGAGAGCACUUAGAAGCCUUUUUAAUUUGCACGGAAAGGACUGAUUGCUUUGUGUGAGGGUGCGGGCACUCUGUGACGGGUGCCACUUCUAGUGCCCAAAACCAUUGGCUCUCAGCUUCCUGGCAUUGCUCUUUAUUGGGGUGGGUGAGAAUACAUGGGCAUCUCCACCACUCCCUGUUGUGGCAUUUAGGCCUGCAUCCCCAUAAUCCGUCUAAACCAGUGGUUCCCGACCUUUGGUCCUUUAGAUGUUAGGGACCUGAGCACUCAGAAUUCCUGCUGGUCAACCUGGCUAGGGCAUCUGGGUAUUGGAGUCAAAAACACCUGGAGUACCAGAGGUUGGGAACCACAGACAGUGUGUUAUUGGGGGACGAAGUUUCCAAUUUUAAGUUGGUAGAUAUGAAUGUGAGAAGGGACAGACACUGCCAGCCACUUGGCUGAAGCAUUCUUAUCUCUGCCACUUUCUGGCUAGAGAUCAUGGAAGGUUUUUACAGCUGCCAAGAGCUUUUUUAAGGUCAUCAGGCAGUUAUUUUAAAAUGAAAACAAUUGUUUUUUAAAAGAAAAGUCAGCCCAUCAGCCUCAUUUGAAGCAAUUUUAGUAUUUAGUACCAAUAUGUAAGAAGUUUAGGUUUUGUUUUGUUUUUAUAAAAAGCAUAUUAUUUUUAAGUAGCCUUUCUUUCGAACCAAAGCAAUGCAAUCCCAUUCUGACCUGCCAACCCUUUUAGACCAUGUGCCUUGUGAUUUUGUACAGUUAAUUUAUAAUGAGCCCGACAUCUUGGAUGCUGCGAAGGCAACCAUGUUUUGAGAUGGAAGAGGAGGAAACAGGGCAACACUUAAAAAAAAAAUACAUAUUUUGAGGUCCUUCUUGGAAGGGGAUGAGGGAGGACUGGGGACCUCAGUUGCGGUGGGUGGGAUGAGGGUGGGGAUAGUCAGGAAACUCUAGAGGGAAAAAAGGUACCCUGUCUUCUCAUUUCACUAUUUUGGAAACUGAGGCAAGCUUGGAGUACGGUGCUGCAAGGAUCCAAAGGGAAGAGAAAGAAUAAGCAGGUUUCCCUUGACUUUCCUGAAGUUUGGAAGAGGGAGAUGCUUACCUCCCUUUGCCGCUGAGCAUUGAUGGGUCCAAGCAUGCUUCCAGAUUUAGGGAAGACCACACUUAAAGUUUUUUCCCCAUAAGAUGGUUCCUUGCAACGCCUGAGGUUGUGUAUGUGAUUUGGGUAUGUGUGAUGUUUCUUUUUUAAAAAAAAACAAAAACCUUCCUCAGUGUAAUUUAAACCUAUCGCAAUGCCACUGUGUGGUUUGAUACGCCAUCUUCUCGUCGCCAUCCCUAACUUGGCUGCUGGUCUUGUUCUCCAAGGGUAGUGGCUGAGUUCUUCUGUCUGGCUUCAGCCCUGGAGAAAGCAUUUGGGGCGGUUGCUUACUAAUUGCCGCGUUGGAGAGGGUCUUUCUGCAGGGCCUGCCUUCUCCCCACCACCCUAAGCUUACAAAAAACCACUUCUAGGAUUCGCUUUCUCCAUUCCGUUGUACAUAAUGCAAGUCGCAAUCCACCCCUUCUACUGUGAAUGCUGUGAGCUUAUCCCAAUUACUUUCUGGGGUUGUGAGAAAACUAAAAGUGUGAAAGGGGGAAACCAGACUCCUCUCACACUUGAGUUGUGAAGCUUCUUGGGAAGCGCUCUCCUUAAAGGCUGCUGUGUCAGAACAUGCGUUCCCUGAGCCAGGCCUUUUUGGGCCACGGAUGAAUGCGGGUGCCCAGUGGAAGGCAGGGAGAAGUGGGCCUCCUCCAAUGUGUGGCCAUGGGUUUUGGAUUUUGGAACCUGCUCCUGGUUAUCGAGACCAGGGCUUUUGGAAAUGAGCUACAAUUUUGCAUUUCGUGGGGCAGGGAGGGGGUGGCAGAGGCUGACUUGGUCAUUUUCAGACCUUGCACAGCAAGAAUUCGGCUUCUGUAUAUCUUUGUAACACGAACAUCGGUGUAAAAUGCUUUUUAAAAGAUACUGUUUCCUAUGCAGUCAGCUGUAAUCAGGGAGCAAAUAAACUGCUAGGUUGCGGGAAA